AUGGCUAGUUCUGAUGAAGCAAAAAUUAAAAGGAUCAGGGAUCCGAGGUUGUAUAUUGUUCGACAUGGAGAGACUGAAUGGUCUCUCUCAGGCCGACAUACCUCGGUCACGGACCUGCCGCUUACAGAGCAUGGUGUCUCUAGAAUCACCUUGACGGGCGAAGAACUCAUCGGGGUUGACAGUCUAAUCGAUCCCACCCGCAUCGGCAAAAUCUACGUCUCCCCACGCACCCGCGCCCAACAAACCCUCAAACUCCUCAACCUCCCAUCAGACAUCCCCAUAGAAACAACCGAAGACCUAGCCGAAUUCAACUACGGCACCUACGAAGGGCUCACCUCCAAGGAAAUAAAAGCCAAAUGUGGGAAUGAAGACUGGGAAAUCUACGUGCACGGCGGCGGAGCUCCAACCGGAGAGACGCCACAACAGGUUUCGGACCGUGUUGAUAGAAUUAUCAAGAAGAUAAGAGAGGAGAAUCAUAAGGCGGUGUAUGAUGCUCAUGAAAAAUGUAUUUCUACGGGACAAGAUCAUCAUCUUGAUGAUCCGGAGUUAAAGACGCCGGAUGUAUUGUUUGUGGCUCAUGGGCAUUUGUUGAGAGCUUUGGCGGCUAGAUGGUUGGGCUUGGAGAUUGCCAAUGGGAGGAAUUUACAGCUGGACGCUGGUGGAGUUGGACUUUUGAGUUAUGAGCAUCAUGCUUAUCAGGAGCCGGUCAUUGCGAAGUGGAAUUGGGUGCCUUUAGGGAGGUAA